UUAUGGUUGAAUGAUGAUUAUGUAUCUAUAAAUUUACAAAAUGGUUCUCUUAAACAAGGUCCAGCCACCUGCUGAGGAUGCUAAUAUACCUGCUGAUAUUGCCAUUGGUCUGAGACCAGCUGUUGAUUUAAACAGUGCACCAGAGAUUGCACCGGCACCCAUGGAGUUUAAUACAUCAUGCUUGCCCCUUAUACUAUCCAAACUUGAAUUGCUGAUGUUGUAGACCAACGCUAAAACACCGCCGGAGUUACCAAUGAAUGAUCCACGCUUAGUUACACUAUUCAAGAUUGCAUUUAUUCUCAAUCUUGUCACAGGUGCAGCCAACUUCUUGUUCAUACCCUCUCUGAUACCCCAUAAACCACCAAUACCUAAACCUGAAACGUAUGUAGUACCAACGCCGUAACAUAAAUCGUCGGUCCAGCCACGUGAAGGUAAGGCAGUUUCUGAGCCAGGUAAUUCCGAUAAUUUAUCGUCGUCUAAUAAAAGAUAAUCAAGUUUAUCACCAACGUCUGCCAUUGGAUGAAGGGUAGUUGGGUCUAUUGAGAGUACGUCUUGUGCUGAUGAUGCAGAUAAAUUGGAAGUUGGAUCAUUUGUAGUUGUAGUAUUUUGUUCAAUAUUCUGUACGUUGGUUCCCUCACUUUUCUCUGUAUUACUGGUGAAUGGCCACAUUUUCAAAUCUGAGGAGAAGAAGAAGGAGCUUUCCUCACCGAUUCGUUCAACAUAAGAAAAUGUAUAGAUUCUCUGCUAUAACAAGAAAUUUAUCAAGAUCUAUUACAACUAGACAAUUUAAUAGACCUCUCAUAACUAAGCCACUCUUCGGCUACAGAUGGGCAUCUACGUCUGGUGCUUCAUCUACAGUCGAUCCUGCAGAAUCAGAAGCAUUUGAAGAAAUGGAGGAGGGUACACGUUUACUUAACGAAGGUGACUUGGAGAAAGCUAAAGAACACUACGAGAGAUCUCUCAAUAUCAGAACAACAGCGAUGGGAUUGUUCAAUUUGGGUGUUACGCAGUUUUACAGCAAGGAUAUCCCAGCUGCUAUCCAGACCUGGGAACAAUCUAUCAAGUUGUACCCAUCAAAUGCUGAUGCUCACACGAACAUUGCAUCUGCCCACAUUCUCUCGAGCCCAUCCAACCCAGAGAAGGCGUUGCACCACCUUCAACGCGCCAAACAUCUUUCCCCAGAAGAUGGUGAGAUUGUCUUCAAUUUGGCUGUAGUUAGUGAAGCCUCUGGUCAUCUCGAGAGUGCACUUGAAAAUUACCAAAAGGCAAAGAGUCUCGGUGUUGAACGCGCAGAGGAAAACGUCAGAAAUGUCGGUGCAAAGAUCAUCUCAGAGAAAGCUAAAAGCGCAGAUGAGCAAAAGUAGAUAUCUUCAUUAGUAGAUUGUACAAUAACCAUAUAA